AUGGGGUUCGAAAUGCUUCGACCCUGGGGACGUCUAUCAAGCGUCGGCGUGCACAACGGCGAAAUUCUGUGGACUGGAAACGAAGCCUACGGCAAAAACUUUCACUUGCAAAUGGGGCGAUGCCCAGUUCGGAGUAUAUUCGAAAAUGCCAUGAAACUAUUUGAAAGAAAGCAGGAUAUGUUGACGUAA